AUGAGUUCAUCACAGUAUCAAAAAUGUUAUACGGAACCAGGUUGUGAACAAAAUACUUCAAUAAAGACGUCUCCUGAGCCGAAAUGUUAUACGGAGCCAGCGUGCAAUCAAAAUACAUCAAUAAAGACGUCUCCUGAGCCGAAUUGUCAUAUGGAGCCCACGUGUGAUCGAAAUACUUCAUUUAAGACGUGUCAAGAGCCGAAAUGUUAUCCGGAGCCUGAGACUUCAUUUAAGAUGUGUCAAGAGCCGGUAAAAGAUAACUGCAGAAAAGUAGAUUGUGAAUAUCCAAAGCCCACAGCUAAAACUGGGCAAUUUUACAAAUGUUGUACUUUAUCACCUGUUGCACCAACCCCGUUGAUCUAUGUCGAUUGUUGUGAAAAAGCUAGACCUUGUAGAGGUACUUUUUGCAAACCAGUAAAUGCUGACUGUGACGAUUUCGAAUUGACACCUUAUGGAAAAGAAUUCGUUUUAAGAACUGGAAGAUUAAUUCAAAAUUGUUUGUGUGUAAAACUCAAUGGCCUACAAGAUUCAUGUAAGCAUGCUGGUUGCUGCACUAGAAUAGGCUGCAUGGAUAUCCCAUUUCCAAAUUGUCCACCAGCACGUUUAUGGAAAAAUGAAUACAUCUGCAGAAAUAAGAAGAAACCCAAAACUUGUCCAGAUGUACAUAUCUGUAAUAUCAAUAAAAACUAA